CUGGCAAGACAAAACACACAGGAAUACAGGAUACUUCUUAACUGUAUCAAAGACAGUCUCACUGGGAGUGCCAUAAGAGAUGCUGUGAAAAAAUUGUCAGUUGCAAAAGAAGAGGUAUCAGAAUUUAAUCCUCAUAAUGAUGAGGAAAGCCAUUGCAGUCCUAAUUCCUCUGCAGAGCAUGGUAGCCAGAUAGAUACUUCUGAUAUAACAGUUCAUGAAGAGAUGGAUAUUAUUCAAGUCAAUGGUAAACUCUGGACAGUCAAGAAAUGUGCAAGUGUUCCAGUUGAUGUCAAGAAUUUAAGUUGUAUUGAGUCUUUAUCUGAAGACAGUGCUGAGGAAGGUCUUGCAGAUGAUAUGGAACAACAGGAGUCAUCCUACUUUAGGCAUGAAAAUGAAAUCAUAGUUCACAAUGGAAAAGUAUGGGAAGUAAAACCUACAAGAGUGUUGCCUGUGAAUUCUCAAGAUAUUCUAACCGAUGACAGUGAGUAUGACUCACAAAUGGAAGAUCCAAGAAUUACAGAAGAAAGAUAUGAGGAUUCUGAAAUUAGGGAAUUAGAAGAACUGAUAAGGACAAUGGAAAAAUAUGUAACAAAACUUAAAUAUAAAUUAAAGAUCAUGAAGGAUAGACGGGGAACUCAGAGAUACAGACCCCAAACUCCAGAUGAAGAUCAAGGGCAUUUUGAACCAAAGACAAGAGGUGGGAGUGAAAUGGAAAGACAUUCAUUACAACAGAGAUCCCCAAGUCAUGAUGGAAGAUCAUCAAAUUUUAACAAUGUGGAGGGCAAGCAGUGUACUGUAGGAGCUUCAAGUGAAGAUUGUGAAACUCUCAGGCUAUCUAGCAGCAUUUCUAGUAGUACAGUUAACCAGCAAAACCAGGAUUUAGAUAAAAUAAGACAGAUACUUUGUGAAAAGCUAAUAGACAAAAAUACAGCAAAGUCUGGAUGUCAAACUCCUUAUAAUGAAAUGAAACAAUCCAGAAAUAAUAUAAAAAUGCUUUCUCAAUUAAAACCUGAAAUUAUUACUUAUGUGUCAUCAUCAUCUCAAGAAGACAAUGGGGAUGAUUGUGAUAAUUCACAGUGUUUUCAGAAGGUUGUUAAUAAUAUGAAUGUUAUACCAGAAACUCCUGAACUUUCAGAAAGACAAUUUAAAGAAGAACCAGAUACAUUUUUAGAGGAACCAGAAUGGAAAAACACAGACAAAGAAAAUCUGAAACCAAAGACACCAUAUAUGUCUACAGCAAAUUUCUUAAAACAUGAAUGUAAUAUGCACACAGAUGAAGGUACUGAUAGUGAUACUACAUACUAUACUCUUUGUGACCAGAGUGCUGUGAAUCCUGAAAUGGGAGACAAAAUGAGUAUAUGCAGUUUGAAAUCCAAAGGUAAAGCUUUAGAUAAAUCUAAAGGUAAAAAGCAAGUGAAAGAAACUUGUGAACUUGUAAGUCAUGAUGAAGUACUGCAGAAAAGAGACAAAUACAAAAGAAAAUUGGCAAAUAUUGCUAAGGAAGUAGAAGACUUAACAGAUUCAGAUGACCUUGCUUCCCGGGUCAAAAUGAGCCCAAGAAAAUGUUCGACCACAUCAUCGAGAAAUCAGGCCACGGCUAACAUUAACUCAUCUACAAAGUGCUGUCAAAAAAAGGCAAAAGUGUAUGAUGAAUUUUUGGACAAAAUCAAUGAGAUUGAGGAAAGAGAUAAAGUUAUUGAUGUGUCCGAAGAUACAACGUUACAAGAUGAAGAUGUUUUCCACACCCCAAUGAACAGUCCAGAACCAGCACCAAAGCGUGCCAGAAUUUGUAAUGAAAAAGAAGUUUCUCCAGUUACUGAUGUAACAGCAAGCACAAGCAAUGCACAGGUUUUCCAGAGUCAAACAGCACAUCAUCCGCCAGUUCAGGACUGCAAGGUUCUCCUAAAGUUCAGUUACUGGGUAGAUAAAAAGAAGUACGCCAUUUAUAAGUGAAGAUAUGACUAAAGAGGAGCAGGCUUCUUCGAAUUGCGUCAGAUAUGUCUUUUGAGUCUUUUAUAUUUCUAUAACUCAAAUUUUCUAUUACCCCUUUUAGAGUGCAUGAUGAGCAGCGACAGUCUCAUCACUGCAACUAUUACCAUUAUUUAGAUUUUACUUUAGAUUUUGUUUAAUCAGAAUAUUAUUAUUUGAACUGUUGUUUUCAUUAUAUCUGGAUUUAUGCAAGAAAAUAAAUAUAGACAUUUAUUCAUAAAAUAAUUAUGCACUUUUUCUUAUGCUGCAUAAUUUGCCAAUAUAAGCAAGAUGUGUCACAUAAAAUUUAGUCCUAAACUAUUGUAAGUUAUCUUGACAACGUGUAUAGGAAAAUGUGAAUGAUAUUAAAUCAUACUAAAUGUAUUUAUUGCUAUUCUUUCCAAUUGUUUGUAUGGUCUGUCUAUUGUUUUUGUGUUUGACACGGCAUAACUAUGCUUUUGGUUUCUGUUUGACAAAAUUAGGCAGAUAUACUAGCAUAAGUUUGUACAAGCCUCUAUGUUUAGGAAAAUAAUAAAAUAAGAAAAA